AUGUCUGUUGUCCCUCUGCUCAGCUGGACUGUCCUGCUCCUCCUCCGCUGUGGUUCAUCCUCAGACCUGUUGUCCAAACCGUCCACAGUCCACCAGCAGCCGCCGAGUAUUGAAUCCCGAUCCCAGUGUCCCUCCUGCACCCUGGCUAGGAUGCGGAGGAAUGAAGGAGACUCAGCAGCAGCAGACCUGGCAGGAGGACACGGCCAGGACGAGGAGGUGGUGGCGGUCCCCCAACAGGAUAUGGUGGAAGCAGUGAAGAGACACAUUCUCAACAUGUUGCACCUCCAAGCCCGCCCCAACAUUACACGACCAGUACCCCGCGCAGCGCUGCUCAACGCCCUGCGAAAGCUCCAUGUGGGGCACGUGGCAGAGGACGGCAGCGUGCAAAUCGACGGCAAGGAGGAGCCACGAGGGCGGGGAGGACGAGGAGGCGGAGUAACGACGAUGUGGGGGGGUGGCAUGGAUGACCCACAGGAGACGACAGAGAUCAUCACAUUCGCCGAAGCUGGUGACUCGCAGGACGUGGUCAACUUUGCCCUCUCAAAAGAAGGCGGCAAUCUCUCGCUGGUUGAGCAGGCCAACUUCUGGCUCUUCUUACGUUUGGCCAAGACCAACCGCAGCCGUGCCAAAGUCACCCUCCACCUCUUUCAGCACCAACUCUCCAACAAACACACAUCAUCCUCACAGGAUGACAUCCUGCUCGCAGAGAAAACUGUGGACACCCGUCGCAGCGGCUGGCACACAUUCUCGGUGUCGGCGGCAGUCCAAGCACUGCUUGAUAGCGCUGACAGUCCGACACUGAAGCUCAGGGUGACCUGCCCACUCUGUGCCGAUGCCGGCGCAACACCCAUCCUGGUCUCUGGCAACUCUGGGAAGUCGUCUCGUUCUAACCAACGGGAACAAUCCCACCGUCCUUUCCUAAUGGCCGUGGUCCAGCAGGGGGAUGGUAGUGACUCCCGGCGUCGCCGAAAACGAGGUCUCGAGUGUGACGGGAAGGUGCGCGUAUGUUGCAAGCGGCAGUUUUUCGUCAACUUCAAAGACAUUGGAUGGAAUGACUGGAUAAUUGCGCCAAAUGGUUACCAUGCCAACUACUGUGAGGGUGAGUGCCCCUCUCACGUGGCUAGCAUCACCGGGUCCACAUUGUCCUUCCACUCCACAGUCAUCAGCCACUACCGCAUGCGCGGUUACAACGUGUUUCAGAACCUGAAGUCGUGCUGUGUGCCGACACGGCUUCGUGCCAUGUCAAUGCUCUAUUAUGAUGAGUAUCAAAGGAUCACCAAGACAGACAUUCAGAACAUGAUCGUGGAAGAGUGUGGCUGCUCGUAAAGACAAGUCCCCCAACCACCGCAGGCCUGACUAAAGGAGCAAGACGCCAGAGGUCAGAACUAUCAAACUCAGACACAAAGAAUCAUGGAUGACAGAGAUAAAAUGCAGGGGAUUUUAAGAACUGGUUUUAUUUGCCUCUUCUAUCUGUCACUAGGGGGCACUCUAUGAAGAAGAAGAAAAAAACAAGCAAAGAACUUCUCCCAAGUCAGAAAAAGUCUUGAUGGCACUUUCAGAAAAUAAAAUAAAAUAAAAAGAAUAUCUAAUAUAUUUUUGUUAUGAAGUGGUGGAAGCAAGAAGAGAAACUUAUUUAUGUCACCGAGACGUUCGGGCACCACUCGACCAGUCAGAAACCGGAGAGACAAGCUGCCGAAAAAAAAAAAAAUCAAAACUAUGCAACUUGUUUCAAGUAUUAUGAUGUUAUUGUAUUUUAUAUUAUUUUAUGACUUGGUUUUGUUGCAUUUUUUGUUUCACAAUUCUCAACUGUUUACUUGUU